GUUUACGUAACUGAACUGAGGGAAAUCCUAAGUAAUCUAAUAAAAUGUCCUUAUGACAGUAGGUGUACCUAUACAUAUGGAAUGUAAUGGUGCAGCUCAAUUUUGUUUACGGUAUGGGUAUGGGAAUAGCAGUCGCAGUAAAAUUUAAUGAGCUGUACGUGAGAAUAAAGUGCCAGUUUUCUGUGCUUCCAGCUACUUGCGGCACUAUUACAUUCUUUCCAAACAUGAAGCUACCUAUCUAUAUUCAUCUUCCUUCUUCCAUUGAAAUUCACCACGCGCUGGUAUUUUUAAUUGCUUAUCUUAUGCACAAUUCAUAAACAGGGAGGCUAUGCAAUUUUCUUUCUGUGUAGGUUGCUCAUAAAAUACAUUGAGGAUCAACCACGAGAUAUCUCGACUGAUCGUACCAUACUUAAAAAAAACUUUAAAUUUAUAAAUUAUGCAAUGAAAAUAUGUUCUUCAAAAUCAAACACAACACUUUCAGUAAUACAAAAAUGCAAAAUCUGUAGAACUUGGCCUUUGACUGUUCCCGGGAUAUAACACGUGAGCACGUCAAAUCUUUGAAUUCUCCGAAUAGAUUUCUUCGCCGUCUUUGAUUGCAAUUUUAAUUUUGAUGCCAAAUGACUUGAAAAUGUAUGAAACAAACAUCAAGAUCUGUUUUUAUUUCGAAUCAAAAUGGUUGAAAGUCGAUUUUCUGCCUUUUUCGGAACUCCAGUGGAUUUAUACUGAAUUUUUAAAAUUUUAUUUGAAUCGAAAACUGCGCCACAUUUUAAUAAAAUUGCAAAAAUGAAAAUUGUUUAUAGAUAAAAAUGUUUAAAAAAAUAAACUUUUGAAAAUUUUCAUAAACGAGAACUAUAACCUAAAUGUAAAAAAUUACAAGAUAAUAAAAAAGAGGACGUUAAUGACAAGAACUAUAAAACGGCUCCCAGAAAAUCGAUUUUAGACCAAAAAUUUAUUUGCGGUAUAACACUUUAAAUGUUGAAAACCAGUAAGUAGCCUAAAGUGAAUCGAAGAUGACAAAUGUCAACUGUUUGUAGGAUGUAAAUACCAGCUGCUCUGAAUCAUAUUUGGGCAAAGUGCAAACUCUCAGGCCGAGCUAGUGCAACUAAAUAUCAGUGGUUGAAGCUAGCACAACAGAAAAAGAAGUGCAAAUAUGUACGAAAACACUUCAUGGAACGUAACAUUCGAACUUUUCAAUGAAACAUUCAGGAGCUAUCCCGGAAACACGACAUACAUUGAGAAAAUCGUGUCCAUGAUGGUACCGGUAUUCUUUGGAAUUAUCGGAAUUUCGGGGCUGAUUGGAAAUGGACUGGUUGUUCUCGUUGUUGCUGCCAACCCCAGCAUGCGUUCGACAACAAAUCUCUUGAUCAUAAAUUUGGCAGCCGCUGAUUUGCUUUUUGUGAUAUUUUGCGUACCCUUCACUGCUACAGAUUAUAUCCUUUCGGAAUGGCCGUUCGGUAUCUUGUGGUGUAAAUUUGUCCAGUACAUGAUAGUGGUGACUGCACAUGCCAGCGCAUAUACUUUAGUGCUAAUGUCUCUGGAUCGAUUCCUUGCUGUCGUUCAUCCGAUAACCAGUAUGUCAGUUCGAACUGAGAAAAACGCUAUCAUAGCCAUAACGGUCACGUGGUUUGUGAUUUUGACCACAGCUAUUCCGGUUGCCAUUUCCCAUGGAAUUUUGCGCUAUCCGAGCAAGGGGGAGGACUACACCGCCUGUUUAUUUUUACACACCGAAGGAUACAGUUUAAUUGCUUUUCAUGUAUCCUUCUUCCUGUCGUCAUACAUCGUCCCGUUGACGUUGAUAUCAAUGCUCUACGUGGGAAUGUUGGCGAGGCUGUGGAAAGGUGCUCCAGGCGGUCGAGUUUCCGAUGAAUCAAGGAGAGGCAAACGGAGGGUAACUCGAAUGGUUGUCGUGGUCGUCCUGGCAUUUGCAGUUUGUUGGUGUCCGAUACAGAUGAUUCUGGUAUUGAAAUCGCUCAACCGGUACGAAGUCACCCACGUCAGUAUCAUCGUUCAGAUUGUAGCGCACGUACUGGCGUACACUAAUUCCUGCAUCAACCCGGUGCUGUAUGCUUUCUUGUCGGACAAUUUCCGGAAAGCAUUCCGAAAGGUUGUUUGGUGCGGAAAACCACCCUCACUGAUGCCCCAGGGCGGACCACAGACAAAAACAACUCGCACCGGCAAUGGCUGUUCGAAUGCGGCAGAUGUUUUGUGAGUGGAGGCCAGUGAUAGCAAACUUGCUGAAAAGUACAUCGAAAUAACCAGCUUGUAAGAGAAAGUCAUCAGUUUGGUGGGCCCAUAAAACUGUGCAAAGUGGAAAGGUUAUAAAUCAUUGCAAAAAAAAAAAACGAUUAGAUAUCAACAAUACCGAUAAAACUGGUGAGCAACAAGUCCACAAUAAAUUCUCAACAUUGACGAUGUUCUGCAAUCGGUGGGGUUUCACAAACAGCUUCCACAUGACGACGUGACGUGAUGAUGAUAUUCCAGCCCAGGACAUAUAGGUAAUGUAUAUAGAUGGUGCUUCGUUUCUGAGUGAUGGAGGAAACUCCACAUCAGCGAACGGGUUUUAUUUUUGGAGUUUUUGUUGUUUCUUUGGAAAAGGAUGUUUCCUGACUAAUUUCGUUAGGUUUGAGUUACCUAGAAAGGCUUUAUUACUGUUCCUUUCUGUCAACUUCCAUUCUUGGUAAUUUACGAUUAUUUUUGUGGAAAAAUGCGUUCUGCUUUAUCUAUUAAAGAACAUUUCGCUAAUCCAUUUAAAGGUAUAUUUAGUUACAUGUUUUAAUAUUCUCGAUGCUUCUAUUUUUCUUCACAGUUUAGCGUAUUUGAAAGUUCUUAUGUUUCAUGCUACAAAUAAGACAACAAUCAGGUAAAUUUAUAAAAUUUUGUUAUACAUAUUUUAACCGUGUUUAAGUAAUGAAUGAUCUCAACUGAAAUUCACCUUAUGAGCCCAAAGGGGAUUUUCUAAAUGUGGUAUUGAUUAUUUGGAUAUUCUUGGUGUCACAUAAAAUGCAAUUCGAUUACAAAUGUUAAACAAUAGUACAACAGAAGAUACAAUAAAAAUAUGUAUCGAAAAAUCAGAUUCGAACGCACGGAAAAGUACUCUGAAAUGUUCUAUUUUUGAGAUGUUUUGAAAGUUUGUCUACUAGUUCUAAUCAAUUUCAAUACUCCAA